AAAUUAUAAUUCGAGGUCAGCUCAAUUUUCAAAGCUCCAAGAGGUGCACUUGCCCACCAUGUGUGUUGUCGCGCUGCCCUCUCCUCACUUGCAUGCUGGAACUUGAGGAUGUCUUUAGUAUUAUUAGUCGCUAGGGAGUAGUGCAGGUGCCAAGGUCCUCUGUGCUCUUUCAUUCUGGAUGGAUUGUUCGAAUUGCUUAGUGUAGUUGCGCGUACAUAACAGUGGGCUUCUUGAAAUGGCUCUCUAUAAGCACAGAAAAGAGGGCCUUGGAAGGGGAACGGAUAGCGAGCCGCUGUUUGGACCCUCCCCUUCUGAAACCGAUCUGUUCCAGAAGCAGUUUGAGGAUCUGCUUCUGCAGCAAGAGGACGCCGAAGGACAGAACACUCAAAGACCAUUUCUCAAUGAGCUGUUGGACAUCACAUCAACCAUACAAGAGGGCGUCAGUGCUAUCGCAGACGACUCUUUCACGCGGUGUUUCAAGGAGAAUCAUCCCGACCCAUGGAACUGGAAUAUCUACUUGUUCCCAGUAUGGUGCAUGGGCGUCCUGCUGCGAUACCUCAUUCUCUUCCCCUUAAGGUUGAUCCUCCUGGUCCUGGGCUGGGUUCUCUUCUUCCUCAUCUUUCUGCCCGUGCACUUCUUCAUCCCGGACAGCAAGUCGAAAAUGAGAAAGAAGUUUGAGAGGCUUCUCAUUGAGUACAUGUGCAGCGUGUUCGUUGCAUCUUGGACGGGCGUGAUCAAGUAUCACGGGCCAAGGCCAAGUAGGGGCGUAAACAAGGUUUGGGUUGCUAACCACACUUCGAUGAUCGACUUCCUCAUUCUGGAGCAAGUCACUCCCUUUGCCGUCAUCAUGCAACUGCAUGGAGGAUGGGUCGGUUUUGUCCAGACCCGCAUUCUGGACUGCCUGGGAUGCAUCUGGUUCAAUCGGACGGAGGCUAAGGACAGGGCGGCCGUUGCAAAGAAGCUGGAGAAGCACGUGCGCGACCCUGAGAGCAACCCGCUGCUGAUCUUCCCGGAGGGCACGUGCGUGAACAACCAGUACUGCGUCAUGUUCAAGAAGGGCGCGUUCGACCUGGGCGCCACGGUGUGCCCCAUCGCCAUCAAGUACAACAAGAUCUUCGUGGACGCCUUCUGGAACAGCAAGCGGCAGUCGUUCACAAUGCACCUGAUGCGCCUGAUGACGUCAUGGGCGGUGGUGUGCGACGUGUACUACCUGGAGCCGCAGGCGCGGCGCGAGGGCGAGUCGGUGAUCGAGUUCGCGGAGCGCGUGCAGAGCCUCAUCUGCGACCGCAUCAACAUCAAGCGCGUGCCGUGGGACGGCUACCUCAAGUACUACCGGCCCAGCCCCAAGCUGACGGAGAAGCGCCAGCAAAAGUUCGCGGAGAGCAUCCUCAAGCGCCUCGACGCGCCGCCAGGACGGGCCAGCAAGUCUGGGAUACCGAAGGUGCCCUCCGGCCGUUCGCUCGGCCUCCCUCCGAGGUCCCCGCCCCGGGACCGGCCCGCAAACGGGGCCACCCCGGACGACCCUCUGUCGAAAGCGUCGCUAGCGAAGUCCAACGCCGCAUUCGAGGUCGGCACAGGGCCCGACAAGGAUGCUGGCACGGGGACAGGUACAGCGCUAGACUACAAGUGAGAUGAGUUGAGCAGCAAGUCGCCAGCGGCCAAAGGGCUGAGCAGAAGGCAACAGGUCGUCCAUGCACACCAAUCGCAUUUUCGCAAGUAAUGAGGGACGAGCUUUCGCAUUGUUGAAACUGAGUACUUGCAUCAGGAGUACUCGAAAGGUCGCAGACAUACGGAUGUGUACAGUCGUCAGUUUUAUCCAACGCUUGACAGAAAUCUGCAUACCGCGCGUUUCAUACCGCCUGACACCCUCCCAACGGGAACGAUUGGCGGAAAAGGAUUGCGCGUUUAUUUGACUUUAGCAAGGUUCUGGUCUGAGGUGUAUUGACCACGGUUCCCUGUCAUUGUCAUAUAAUGGCAUGAGCGCACGUCAUGUAAGCAUUUUG